GUAUCAUUGCCCAACACAUUCCCGACUUGAGAGAUCAAGGGACUAGGGGACACCAGAAGUUUAUUAUCGGUGGACUACUCAGAGGAGGUUCUGAAACCGGCUAUUCUGCUUUGAUAAGGUUCUUCUGAAGAGGCCGGCUUUCAGAUUGGAGAGCGAUGAUGUCCAUGCAAAUGAGUGAGGCGGAGAGCUCGGUGAAGGUGGCGGAGUGGCAGCAGACCUACUACGCCUCAGAUUCGGGCAUCCAGUCCGGCGCCACCACCAUGAGAGACGACGAGGAGUCCGAGUGCAGCGGGAAGAAGUACACCGUCAGCAACACCACCGUGGUGGAGAGCACCUCAGGUAGUAAUCUCAUUGUUCAGGUUCCAUCUCUCUCUUUCUCUCCUCCUUUCUUUCUCUCUUUCCUCUUUAAGAAGUGCAUCAUCACCGUUACGAUCCAGGUAGAGAGCACCUCAGGUACCACCAGCCGAGUCCUCAAGGUCCUCUCCGUCUGCCCCAGCAACAAGCCCGCCAUCGUGGACGCAGGGGGGAUGCAGGCUCUUGGGCAGCACCUGACCGGCUCGAGCCAGCGCCUCGUUCAGAACAGCCUUUGGACACUGAGGAACCUGUCAGAUGCUGCCACUAAACAGGAGGGUCUGGACGGUCUGCUGCAGAUCCUGGUGAGCCAGCUGGGCUCGGACGACGUGAACAUGCUGACGUGCGCCACGGGCAUCCUGUCCAACCUGACGUGCAACAACGCGCGCAACAAGGCGCUGGUCACUCAGUGCGGGGGCGUGGAGGCGCUCAUCCACGCUGUGCUGCGCGCCGGAGAGAAGGAGGACGUGGCCGAGCCCGCCGUCUGCGCCCUGCGCCACCUGACCAGCCGACACGCCGACGCCGAGCUGGCCCAGAAUGCCGUGCGUCUGCACUACGGCAUCCCCGCCAUCGUCAAGCUGCUGGGGCAGCCGCACUACUGGCCCAUAGUCAAGGCUACCGUUGGUCUGAUUCGGAACCUGGCCCUGUGCCCAACCAAUCAAGCGCCGUUGAGAGAGGCAGGGGCUAUUCCAAGAUUGGUCAAUCUGCUCCUAAAGGCACACCAGGACACCCAGAGACACGCCUCCAAUGCUCAGCAGACCUACCAGGAUGGUGUGCGUAUGGAGGAGAUUGUGGAAGGCUGCACAGGAGCCCUGCACAUCCUGGCCAGAGACCCCAUCAACAGAGGAGAGAUCGCCAACAUGCAGACCAUCCCUCUGUUUGUACAGCUGCUAUACUCGUACGUUGAGAACGUGAAGCGCGUUGCUGCGGGUGUGUUGUGUGAGCUGGCUCUGGAUAAGCAGUCUGCUGAGAUGAUCGAUGCAGAAGGAGCCUCCGCCCCCCUCAUGGAGCUGCUGCACUCCACCAAUGAGGGCAUCGCCACAUAUGCGGCGGCAGUCCUCUUCCGCAUCUCCGAGGACAAGAGUUCCGACUACAGGAAGCGGGUGUCUGUGGAGCUGACGCACUCGCUCUUCAAGCACGACCCUGCCGCCUGGGAACUGGCCCAUAACAGUGUUCCCCUGGAGGCUGGCUACAUGACAGAUGAGCUGGACGGAGCAUACCCUCCCUAUGGCUAUGCUGACAUUCCGAUGGACGGUCUCCCAUUGGACGCGGAGCUGCAUGAGGCCUACAUGCCCGACAUGGCCUACGACCCCCGGCAGGCCUACCCAGAGCCCCUCUAACAGCACAAGAUUGAGGAGAGAGAAUGAUCAUCUAUUGCAGAGUUGGGGCCUAAAGCAAGCUAUGAUGACAUCACAAAGGGAAGAAACCAUGUCACAGGGUUGGGCUGUCUGGAACUGUUGUUGACAAAAUGUUGUAUACAAAAACAAAGUUGAUUCCGUGUUCAAAGUUGCUUUGUUUUAACCUUGAUGUUACGGGUGGCCAAGCCUCCCCUUUUAGAUGCUGUGUGUUAGCUAUUUCCUUGCAGACUUUCUGUGUUGGGGGGGGGGUGGGGGGGUGGGCUAUACUUUUGUAUCUCUUACUGCAUGUCGGACACAACCUCCAGCUCCUACGAGGCGACCCCGGUAGCCUCCACGCCUCCAAAGGUCAAAAGGUCAAUGAUUUGCAGAGACCCUGUGACAGACGGACCCAAACGUCUGACCUGGUGUGCGAGCUCUAGGCUGUGCAGUCUGUCCAGCUCAGUAUGUGUGGCCAGACCUUCGCAUUGCCACAUUUCAGGAGCCACCAUCAGAUCGUCUGUUUAAGUUGCAGGGUAUGUUUGUUUUUGCGCACAAACAGGCGACACUCAAAUGUGUUGAUGAACAACACACACACACACAACUAACAAACUUAUACACACACGCACACACACACA